AUGCUUCUGUGGCUGGCAGGUCUAGCCUUGGUCACCGCCUCAAUCACCAUUCCGCUCUCACCCGUCGCGCCACUGCCGCUGUCUUAUCAAGGCGCUGCGACUUCGGCCGACGAUUUGUUCAGAAAAAGUUGUCCUGAAGAAGUCGCCUCCUCAAACCCGUAUACCGCCUCUCUUCUCGCAUCCUCGUUCUCCAAUGAUGUCUUCUCCACAGGGCGUGUAUUUCCCUCUUCGGGCGGGUUUAUACGAGGCGCUGUUGAAGCUUGGGCGCAGCAUCAGCAUCUCGUGUUGAGGCCUGAAGAAGUUUGGUUUGAGGUACUUGUGCAGAUGAAUCUCUACAUGAGCUUCCAUUCCGAAAAGGUCAGGGGUUUAUUCGUUGAUCAUGACGGCGGAAAAGAAAAGAUUGUCGUCGAGGGAAAUACGUGGGAUGAUAUGGUUGCUGGGUUUGGAGACGAGAUUGACAAGCGUGUCAAGACGACGUGGUUGAAGGACUGGAUCAUGCCCGGCUUCAGCACGUCUACCCCUAAAGACGAUGUAACUGCCGCGGUACUCAUGAUGGGUCUCAUGAAGCAGUUCUUUGACUUUGAGGGAUGGGUGGUCUGCGGUAUACCCAGUGUCACGCUACUAGGCACGAGAGAAGACUGGGUCAAGCUUGAAGCCAAGCUAGACUACCUCAAAGAAUUCGGCCCUGAUCCUGAACUGUUUGCAGAGAUGCUGAAGCCGAUCAUGAAGAGAUUUGUCAAUUCGUGGGAUGAUGCACAUGCAGAAGACACAAAACUGUUCUGGGAGCAGAUUGUGAGAGUCAAGAAGCAGUGGUCUUGCGGCGAGGGAGCAAGCGAAUGGGAUGUCAGCGGUUGGAUAACUGGGUUCGACUUUUUUGAUAGGAAUGGACGGAGAAGAGGAUAUGAUGCAUGGCAGGCUUAUGAUGAAGACGAGGAGGAGGAAGACGGCGAAGAGAAAGAGACUGUCAAGGAAGAACCUCAGAUGGGUAUAUUUGCUACCGACUGGAGUAUCGUCAUGGAUGGACAAAAGUACAUUUCCCUAUCUUUAUCGGAUAUUUCCACAGGCUACGCAAAGACGCCCGUCAAGAUGAAGGAUUAUCCUCAUCCUGGAGUUGAUACGGAAGUAUAUAUACUCGCUGGAAACGUUGGAGUGGAGAGGAUUGAAGAUGAAGGCAAAGUCACGGCGCAGCCUGUUAGUGGAUGGUUUGCGUAUGGACCCGUGGGCUUGAAUCAUACUGUUGGGCCGUUCAUUGGGAGUGGGAUUGAGAUGGAGAGUAUUGCUGUUGGUAUAGAGAGUUGUAAAGCUACCAAGGGAGAAGAAGUGAAUGAUCUAUAG